AAGUCACGUGAUGAGAGAGAUAUAGCGCGUCCAUGGAGUAAUUUCGAAGCCUACACCCGCCCCACGACUUGUCACAAGUUCUCCAUUUCCACUUUCCCACCUCUCUCUCUCUCUCUCCAAAAAAUAUCAAAAUAAAAAAAAUCCAAACAAACCCUCCAUUUUCAAAAAUUCAUAUAAUCUUUCUUCGUCUUCAACCCCUCAUCUCUCACGACUCAGUAGAGAGAGAAAGCAAAAACAACACGAACAAAAACAAGAAUAAGAGGAGAGAGAAACUUCAAAGAUGUCGGCUUACAGAGCAGACGACGACUACGAUUACUUGUUCAAAGUAGUAUUAAUCGGUGAUUCUGGUGUCGGAAAAUCCAACCUUCUUUCUCGUUUUACGCGCAAUGAGUUUAACCUCGAAUCCAAAUCUACAAUCGGCGUUGAAUUUGCUACUCGUAGUAUUCAUGUCGAUGAUAAGAUUGUUAAAGCUCAGAUUUGGGACACUGCUGGCCAAGAAAGGUACCGUGCUAUCACUAGUGCUUAUUACAGAGGGGCUGUUGGUGCUCUACUGGUUUACGAUGUUACCAGGCAUGUCACAUUUGAAAAUAUCGAGAGAUGGUUAAAGGAACUGAGAGACCAUACAGAUUCCAGCAUCGUGAUAAUGCUCGUGGCGAACAAGGCAGAUUUGAGGCACUUGCGUGCUGUUUCCACUGAGGAUGCCAAGUCAUUUGCCGAAAGAGAGAAUCUCUUUUUCAUGGAAACAUCUGCCCUGGAAUCAUUGAACGUUGAAAACGCAUUUAGCGAAGUCCUCACCCAAGUAUAUCAUGUUGUGUGCCGCAAAGCACUUGAUGUUGGGAGUGACCCGACUGCCUUGCCUAAGGGUCAAACCAUUGAUAUUGGAAAUAAGGAUGAUGUCUCGGAAGUGAAAAAGGUUGGUUGCUGUUCCGCCUAAGCUGGUUGUAUGAUGAAUGAGAUGCUUUCUCAUCGGACAUGAAAAUUUUUGUAAAGUUCUCACAGAAAACUAUGGCUUUUGUUCCAAGUAUACAUUUUUAUUCAUGUCAGGACUUUGAAGAGCAAAUGAUUGAAGUACAGAGGAAUGUGGUUAUUCUGGUGUCAUGUUCCACUAGUAAAACUGAAGUCCUUGGGCUGCGCCUCUUCUUCCCUCUUGACUCCCUCUCCCUUCAUUUUUCAGUAUAAUUAUUUGUUAUUUGUUA